AUGUCACGUGACAGGGCAAGAUGGCGGCCUCCGCAGGGAAGGCGUGCGGCGCGCGCUGAAGGGCCGCGCAGUGAAGCGCCCGUUUCCUUGCGGGGAGAUAAUCUGCUUAGUGGAGGUUUUAAUUGAGGGGUCGUCUUUGGGGAGGAGGAAGGAAGCGCGGGCCCUUGCCCAGUUGCAGAACAAAAAUGGCUGGAGAGGUUAUCGAUCCUUCACUGAGAAAAGUGAGACGUCUGGCAAGAGACCCAUCGGAGAUCCUGAGAGAAAGGUUUGAGCGGCUUGAAGAAACUGACCAGAAACUGUUUCAAACUGGACCCUUGGUCCUGGGGGUGAAUUCCAGCUUCUGUGGCUUAAUAGCAAACAACUACCUGAGAAGAGCCCUGAAUCUAACCCAAGCUCGGCUUAUGUCUGCUGUGCCCAUGGCGGUCUUGCCGUUCAUGUCUACUUGUCUGGUUUAUGAAGCUGUUGUUUCGCAGCCUUUAAUGGAAGGUGAUCUAAAUUGUGCAACUUGUGCCUUUGUCAGAGGAGGAUUAAUUGGAGCUGUUGUAGGCUGUCUGUAUCCUGCAUUUAUAGCUAUUCCACUCAACGCGGCCCUUGCAGACAGGUACUUGUCAGCUCCUCUGCCAAGUAAGGAGAACAUGUUAAGGUACUGGUUGGCAGUCUCUAAACCAGUUUAUAAAAAAUUGAGGUUUGCCGCAAUCCUGCAAUUUGCGCUGGGCACAUACUUGGCCUCGAAGCAGCAUGGGAUAUAUAUUAAAAUGCUUCAGUUGCCUGACCCUGGGAGGGAUCCUGAAGAAUUCAGUGAAUAAAAUGGGAAUUUUUGCAGCUAUCGUGUGCUCGAUCUCUCCUCCUUCACGAAUAUAAAGUCUGCAUUAAAAAAACUGUUGAGACUAAAA